UCCCCUGCUGGCCCCAGGUCAGUGUCCGGAAGUUCCUCCUCUGCCCAGGAAGAAGCCUCUCAGCAUGAGUGAGCCUUGGGUUCCAUCUCCACAGCUCCCAACCCCCGAACUCCCUGAGUCCUCCCAGCUACCAGGAACUGUCUACAUUAUCAACGUGACCUGGUCCGACUCUACUUCCCAGACCAUCUACCGGAGGUACAGCAAGUUCUUUGACCUGCAGAUGCAGCUCCUGGAUAAGUUCCCCAUUGAAGGAGGCCAGAAGGACCCCAAGCAAAGGAUCAUCCCCUUCCUCCCAGGCAAGAUCCUCUUCCGCAGAAGCCACAUCCGGGAUGUAGCUGUGAAGCGGCUGAAGCCCAUUGACGAGUACUGCCGGGCACUCAUCCGACUACCCCCUUACAUUUCACAGUGCGAUGAAGUCUUUCGGUUCUUUGAGGCCCGACCUGAGGAUGUGAACCCCCCAAAAGAUCUCUGUGUCUGCAUCAGCAAAAUAAUCGGGCCUGUGCUCCGGCGCCAGUGGCGGCCUUCUGUGUGCGCCUGCAGUGACCGAGAGAUGGGGAGCCUCAAAGCAGCCCCACAGUUUCAUGUGCAGGGCCUCCGAGGACCCCUGGUCUUUGGGGACUGCUUCCCUGUCACCCAGGCAUCCUCAGUUCAGCCCUGGACCGACCUAGGCUUCUGGCUGUUGGCCCAGGGUCGGGGAUCAGACCAAGAGAGCCGGUCCCGCCUUCCUCCCGACUUGAGCCUAUCUCUGCUCCAGGCCCAGGCUGGCCGUGAGCGCUCCGCCAGGUGCAGUGCUGACAGCGAGGCAUCUCCUGGUCCUACCCUGUUCCGGGUGGUGCUUUGCCCUUGUUCCUCCCUCAGCAGGAGGACCUCUCCACCCUGUUGCACAGUGUGGCUCUCCAGCUGGGCUGAGUCUCCCAAGAAGGACGUGACAGGUGCCGACACCAGCGCCGAGCCCAUGAUCCUGGAACAGUGUGUGGUGGUGUCCAACUACAAGAAGCAGGAGAACUCGGAGCUGAGCCUCCAGGCCGGGGAGGUGGUGGACGUCAUCGAGAAGAACGAGAGCGGCUGGUGGUUCGUGAGCACCUCUGAGGAACAGGGCUGGGUUCCUGCCACCUACCUGGAGGCUCAGAAUGGCACUCGGGAUGACUCAGACAUCAGCACCUCCAAGAGCGGGGAAGUGUCCAAGAGACGCAAGGCCUAUCAGCGGCGCCUGGAUCGCCGGUGGACCCUGGGCGGAAUGGUCAACAGGCAGCACAGCCGAGAAGAGAAGUACGUCACCGUGCAGCCCUACGCCAGCCAAAGCAAGGACGAGAUCGGCUUUGAGAAGGGCGUCACCGUGGAGGUGAUCCGGAAGAACCUGGAGGGCUGGUGGUACAUCAGGUACCUGGGCAAAGAGGGCUGGGCGCCUGCCUCCUACCUGAAGAAGGCCAAGGAUGACCUGCCAAGCCGGAAGAAGAACCUCGCCGGCCCAGUAGAGAUCAUCGGGAACAUCAUGGAGAUAAGCAACCUGCUGAACAAGAAGGCAUCUGGGGACAAGGAGACUCCACCCACUGAAGGCGAGGGCUCCGAGGCCCCCGUGGCCAAGAAGGAGAUCAGCCUGCCUAUCCUCUGCAACGCCUCCAACGGCAGUGCCCUGGGUGUUCCAGAGAGGACCAUCUCCAGACUGGCCCAGGGCUCCCCGGCUGUGGCCAGGAUUGCCCCGCAGAGGGCCCAGAUCAGCUCCCCGAACCUCAGGACAAGACCUCCACCACGCAGAGAAUCGAGCCUGGGUUUCCAGCUGCCCAAGCCGCCAGAGCCCCCUUCUGUUGAGGUGGAGUACUACACCAUCGCUGAGUUCCAGUCUUGCAUCUCCGAUGGGAUCAGCUUUCGGGGUGGACAGAAGGCAGAGGUAAUCGACAAGAACUCUGGAGGCUGGUGGUACGUGCAGAUUGGGGAGAAGGAGGGCUGGGCCCCAGCCUCCUACAUCGAUAAGCGCAAGAAGCCCAACCUCAACCGUCGCACGAGCACGCUGACCCGGCCCAAGGUCCCUCCGCCAGCGCCCCCCAGCAAGCCCAAGGAGGGUGGGGAGGCCCCUGUGGGAGCCGGCGACAGCCAAGAGUCCCCGCUGAAGCUCAGGUAUGAGGAGCCUGAGUAUGACAUCCCUGCUUUGGGCUUCGACUCGGAGCCAGAGCCGAGCGAGGAGCCCGCGGAGGACAGAGGCCUUGGGGACCGGCCGCCUGCCCAGCCCCACAGGCCCUCGCCCGCCUCGUCCCUGCAGCGAGCCCACUUCAAGGUGGGCGAGUCCUCGGAGGAUGUGGCGCUGGAGGAGGAGACCAUCUACGAGAACGAGGGCUUCCGGCAGUACGCAGAGGACGCCCUGUCAGCCAGGGGCUCCUGCGGUGGCGACAGUGACUCCCCAGGGGGCUCCUCCCUGUCGCUGGCCAGGAAAAACUCCCCCAAGUCGGCCUCGCUCCUGAAGCUCCGGGCUGAGAAGAACGCCCAGGCCGACCUGGGGAAGAGCCACUCCUCGGCCUCCUCUUCCUCAUCCGUCACCCUCAACACCACCUGCUCCUCGUCCUCUUCCUCCUCGUCUUCCUCCCUGUCCAAGGGCAGUGGCGACCUGAAGCCCCGCUCGGCCUCGGAUGCAGGCGUCCGCGGCGCGCCCAGGGGUCCCGACUCGCCCCCGCCGCCCAGCCAGCGCAACUGCGUCCCCGUGUCCCCCGUGCGCCCCAAGCCCAUCGAGAAGUCCCAGUUCAUCCACAAUAACCUCAGAGACCUGUACGUCUCCAUCGCAGACUACGAGGGCGACGACGAGACGGCCGGCUUCCAGGAGGGGGUGUCCAUGGAGGUGCUGGAGAAGAACCCCAACGGCUGGUGGUACUGCCAAAUCCUGGAUGAGGUGAAGCCCUUCAAAGGCUGGGUGCCCUCCAACUACCUUGAGAAGAAGAACUAGCAGAGGGCGUGGGGUCCUUCCAGCCACUGUGCACCACUGCACGCCGCUGGAUGACCAGUGAGUGACGUGGACGAAGGGGGAAGGACGGCCGGGGAGGAAACCCUGCAGGAGGUGAGCCCUCCCUCUCCAGUCCAGCGGGAAAGGGAAGGCAGGGGAGACCUGGGCCUGGGACCCACACGUGCCCCGUGCCACUGCCCACGGUCUGCACCCCUCGGGACAGGCCAUGCAGGAAGCCCCAGUCGUGCCUUCACCACAAACCUGGAGAAGAUGUGGUUGUAGCUGCCCUGCCUGGCUCCUCCGGGGCUGGCAUCUUGCUCUGAGGUAGCCCUCGUAUUGUCCUGACCUCUAUUUAUGAAUCGUUCAAGUUUCCCAGGGUGGCACUGCCUCGGUGGUGGGUGCAUAGGAAGACACUGCUGGCCCUGGGGCUUGGAGCUGUCUCCAGGCCAGACCACUGUCAGUGUCUUGUAGUUAAGAAAAAGGGGCUCCAGAGUGCCGAGAGGGCUGUCCAUAUGUCCCUGCUCUGGCUUGAGAAGAAGCCUGCCCUCUGGGCACUGGAGGAGCAUUCCGGCUGGGCUCUGUAAUCGGCAGACUGUUGGUAUUUCUCAGCUGGUGGUUCCUUUGCAUGUUUCCCGAGAGAAUCAUUCACUUGGGGGCUUAAAUGUCAGGCCUUUGGUUCCACCCUUACUUUCGGGUUGUUUUUGGUCCGAGGCCGCCAGCCUUACAAGGGAUGGCGGUAGUGGGCCGGCUUUCUGUUGUACUCUGUGGGAGGGUUCUGUUUGGGUUCUGGUUUUCUGGUCGUUUCGCUUGGUUUCCACUGUGUGGACAGUGCCGGGUUUGGCACUCAAGAGGGACAGGGUCUGGGUAAGCCCAGGCCCCAGACUCAGCGAUAAAAACCUUCCUGCCCAGCCUCCUGGGCAAGAAGGAUAAAAACUUCCGGGAGGGAGGACUGAGAGCCAGACAUCAGAGAGGCAGCUGCCAGGCGCAGGUGCCCCAUUCUGUGUACAUUCUCCCUCUCGGAGGGCUACAGGCCUCACACAGCAACUGUGGAGAAGCGGCCACUGCCCAGCCUGGGCAGAGGGAUCGGAAGGAACACCUCCAACCUCCCCCUUCACCCUGCUCACAGCGGCACAGAGAAGAUGGAGCCCUGUGCCAGGCACUGGCGUGGUCUUCCCUUGGGGCAGCGCCCCAGUGGGGACAGCAGCAGAGGAUGGAGUCCCGUUUGUCCUCUGUCAGCGCCACAUUGUUUUUCCACUGUUGACAUUUCAGAGGGGACCCUCCAAAAAAAAGCUGUGGCUUCCCCAGGACUCCCCACUGAUGGGACUGGAUUUCCGCACGUGCCUUUGUUUGGGACAGAGCAGGCCUGGUGGCAGGGCCAGAGCUGCCAGAGCAGCUGGGCAGGGCCGCUUGCUCCUCCCUCCCGAGCAGCGUCUGAGCCCUGAUCCCAGGGGCCCUGCCUGGCACCCCGGCCGGCAGACUGCUCACACCCUUUCCUGGGUUGGGGUGAAGUGGUUUUGUUCCUUUGGUUUUGUUCAUAAGUUUAAAAUUGAAAUUAGUUAUUUUUUUUUCUGCUGGACAGUAUUAAAUAGAGCAGGAUGUUGAGUUAAUCUGCUAGAUUGCAGUACUAAUGGUAGUGGUUUAGUGUCUUCAUAUUGAUAUUAUUUGUUCUUAUUUGAACAAUAAUGAUAAAGAAGUGGUUCAUUAUUUUUUAAUUAAUGCACUUUAAAUAAGAUGGAAUGAAAAGAAGCCCAGAGAGCAAAGUGCAUUACUUAAAGAUGCAGUAUAUACUUUUCUCAUUUUUAAACAGCACAUAUUUAUUAAAAGAAAAAAAAGUAAUUUAUGAUUAUUUAAAAUAAAAUUUAAAAGUAGAGUGACUGUCGGGUUAAGGACCUUCCACGUAGCUGUCUUCCAGGGGAGGGCCCACGGUCUCACUCCACAGCUGCCUGCACUGAGCCAUCCGGUCACUCGCCGGGGACAGGCAGGGGCUCAGGCAGAGCAUCUCAGCAGGGCCGCCCUUCCCACCCCUCCAGCUGCACUGCCUCAGGCUCUCUGCCCCUGGGGCCCUCUCUCCCAGAUUCCCAGUGCUCUGAAAGGGCAGGGUCACAGAAGCAGGACUGGCAGGGACCAGGGAGGUCACUCCAUGCUGUCUCUCUCUGUUCCUUCAGCCCAAGGCCAGGAAACGACUUUCCCCAAAUCACACAGCCAGUUCACAGCAGACUUCCCACUGGUUAAUCCUGUGCUCCUUCCCCGCCCGGUACACUUAUCAUGUGGGCAUCGUGUUUACAUUGUGACCUCCGGCCCAGGUGGCUGGGAGCUGCUCAGGCAUCAGGGAGAGUGGAGAAUGCUGCCACCUGGUGACAUCUGUCGAUCUGGGCAGUGGCCAGGGCUCACCCUGCCUCAGCCUCUGCACCGCAGCCUCCCCUCCAGCCCCACUCAGCACAGCACACACCUGCAAACCCAAAGAAUAUUCAUACUUGAAACAAGAAGGUGCAUGCCGGUCAACCCAGGGCGAGAGGGCCUUUCCCUAAGAGCUGCUGAGGUGCUCUGUGACUGGGGGCGGGGAGGGGCGGGCUGCUGGCAGUAGUGGAGCAGAAAGGCCUGGGCUCUGACCCAUCUGGAGGAAAA